AUUUGGGAGAUAUUUUAAGGGGGUAUUUUUUAAGUUUUUGGGUUAUCUUGAAUGUCGCAUUUUUUGCGUUCAUAUUUUAAUUUUUUCAUUGAUUUAUUGCAAUUUUUUCUGCUUAUUCUUUCCAACUACAGAAUUUUUAUUAAAUUAAUUUUUUCUUUUAAACAGAUAUAUUUGGAUAAAUGCGAUAUUUCUACAUCUUUACGUAAAUCGGCCGAGAAGCUUUUUAUUAGCCGUUUUUCUCUUCCUCCUAUUUGUCAAGAACAUAAAAGCACUUUAGAACGGCUUAAAGCAACCUAUGGUCUUUCAAAGGAACCAGAAAAGGAUGGUAAACUUCCAUCAAUUUCCCAAUAUUCUGGCAUCCAAACUCGCCGACUCUUUUUGUCUUUCGAAGAGAAAUCUACAAUACGUUCAAUUUCAUUGUCAUUACCUCUUCAUAAAGUUGUUGGAUUAGGUGCUCGUUUAUUUGGAUUUGAACCUGACCAAUUAAAAGGAGUAGAAAUUCAACGUUCAGACCCAAACUUCUUUUCAGAAUUGAUAGCACGGACAAAGGACAAUCUUUUGAGACAAUUUGAUCUUGAAGAUGGAGAUACUAUCCGAUUUGUUCAAUUCUAA